GAAGAGCACCAGCGAACACCUUCAUUCCCAUCCCACUCUCUCUCUCUCUCUCUGCUUCUUCUUCUUCUUCAUCUUCAUCUUCUUCGACAUGGAAACGCUGGAUUUCAAGUAGUCCGCUUCUUCUUUUCCUUGUCAUAAAUAGUUCUCGAUAAGGCGGAGGAAGGAGGAGAGGAUGGUGAUGGAAGGCGAUACUAAGUGCGGUUGCUGGGCGGCGAUUUCUCGAGGAAUAGGAGGAGCUUACGGGGCAUCGCCGGUCGCUACUGCGACAGCCAAUAACAUUUCCAGGAUCAGCCUUGUACACGAUUCAGCUACAGAAGCAAGAUACUUAAAUGCUAGCAUUCGUGAGAUGAAUAUUCCAUAUGAAACUAUGUUCUCUGUGGAAAAUGACAAUAAAUCGACAGCCAAAGAUAAACCAAGUUGUGAUCCACUACAGUUCACAUUUCAGGAGCUGAAGAUUGCCACUGGAAACUUCAGACCUGAUAGCAUCCUUGGUGAGGGUGGAUUUGGGUAUGUUUUCAAAGGAUGGAUAGAGGAAAACAGCACAAAUCCUGCAAAACCAGGAACUGGUGUAACUGUUGCUGUCAAAAGUUUGAAACCAGAUGCUCUUCAGGGACACCGGGAAUGGUUGGCUGAAAUUGAUUUCCUUGGACGGCUACAUCAUCCUAAUCUCGUUAAACUUCUAGGAUACUGCAUCGAAGAUGACCAUAGGCUUCUUGUUUAUGAAUUUAUGCCCCGAGGAAGUCUUGAAAACCAUCUUUUCCGAAGGUCUUUUCCUCUUCCAUGGUCCAGCAGGAUUAAGAUUGUUGUUGAGGCUGCUAAAGGGUUAGCUUUUCUCCAUGGUAGCGCAAAGCCGGUUAUCUACAGGGAUUUCAAAACAUCUAAUAUUCUUCUAGAUAUGGACUACAAUGCAAAACUUUCUGACUUUGGACUGGCUAAAGCUGGACCCCAAGGAGAUAAGACUCACGUAUCAACCAGAGUUGUUGGUACAUAUGGUUAUGCUGCACCAGAGUACAUCAUGACUGGACACUUAACAUCAAAAAGCGACAUCUACAGUUUCGGUGUUGUGCUACUUGAAGUCUUAACGGGUCGAAGAUCCAUUGACAAAAAGCGCCCGCCCGGCGAGCAAAAUCUCGUCACUUGGGCUCGGCCGCAGCUUGGUGAUAAAAGGAAGCUUUUGCAUCUUGUAGAUCCUCGUCUAGAGCUCAACUAUUCAAUUAAAGGUGUGCAGAAAGUAGCCCAGAUUGCCAACGGCUGUCUUAGCAGGGAUGCGAAAGCUCGCCCUUCCAUGGAUUUUGUCGUCAAGAAUCUUAUGUCAUUGCAGGAUCUGAAUGACCUCGCCUACAAGUCUUUUCGUUCUCGCAGCUCUCAUCAAUCUUCAGCUCAAAGCAAGCCAAUAGGUUGAUUGUAGCUUAUUCUGGCGCAGAAAUUUGGUUCUCCUUUAACAAAUAUAUGAUUGCCAAAUCUUCAU